UUUUCUUAUCUCAAACAAACAAAUCUCUGAUGUCUUUUUUUGCUGAACACGGCCAUUGAAGAAAAUGUUUUCUCCUGUCUUUCAUUUUAAGGAUUAGGAGAGCGAAAACACUCAAAUAUUGAGUGUUUUUGCUAUAGGCCUUACCUAUCUAAAAACCCAGCCAAAUCCGAAUCCGAAAGCAAGAAGAAGUCUUUUAUGAGAUGUUUUAUGGAAUAUGGAUAAUAAUCUUUCGUCUUAAUUCAUUUUUCUCUUCCAAGAAACGGAGAUGAGCGUUUUUGAUAUUAUAUCCCGUCCGUUCGUUGAAGAAGAGAAAAACAAACGUCGAUUGUCGUGAUUAAUUUUUGUAAACCAAAUUUAUCUCAAAUAAAAAUCGCAGAUAAGAAAAACAAUAAAUCUAAACAAAACUUAGAAAAGUGGUUUUCAACUUUUUUGUGUCCAUUUCUUUGUGAACCAGAUUAAUAAAAUAAAGAAUAAAGUGUCAAUGCCUACUAAACCAAGUGCGUGAGUUCACUGUUUCGUUUGUUCGAUGCGAAGAUUGUGUGUUUGUAUUGAUAAUGAGGAGAUAAGGUAUCCCUUAUAGCUUCCUCUCUUAGUUCCUCGAAAUGUUAAAUUAUUUAAACAGCAGAAAAUUUUCGUUCAUAUACAUUUUCCAGCAAAAAAAAGAAAACAAAUACAAAACAGAAUAAUGACAUGGCAUGGAAUUCAAAUAUCAAUCCCAAGCAAUUGAAAAUAAAAAAGAGGGCGUGAUGUGAUAUUACCUUUUACUAUAAUACAAAAGUGAAAAAAGCCUUGACAUCACUUUUAUCGAAAGAAAACAAAAAUAAAAUGGCAGGAAUGCAUUUCAUUAUUUUAAAGGUAAAUGGUGUUGAUGUAAGUCAAAUGCCACAUGAAGAAGCCGUACAAAUGUUCCUAAAAGCGUCCGAACCGAUUUUAGUUGAGGUUCGACGUCGAUCCUAUAACACUACUACUGAUGCUGAAAAUUCAAAUAAUCACAAAUAUUUGGAAAAAUCUAAUGAACUAUCACAACAAUUGCAACAGCAACAAAGCGAUCCCAGAAAACACUCAUCGCCUACAAAAAUGUCAACCAAGACAUCAGCAGAACUUCAACAAACCGACUGGCCAAUCAGCAAAACAACAGAAAACUCUGAAGACGUUGUUGACUCCUUAAAAUUUCAAAGCUUAGUUAUUUCGUCCAGCAAAAGUUCUACGGACAUUGAUAACUGUGCAAACUUAAAACUUAGACAAAGUGGAGAAGCUAUUGUCGCUGGUGUGGAUAAAGUUGGAUGCUUACCAAAUGCUGCUGCUAACUCAAGAACAUCUUCUAGUGCCUUGGGUGCAGAUAACCAAACGCAAAACCGAGGAAGUAUGCAUGAAAAUUCUGCUGCUAAAUCAAGACAUACAUCUGUUUCAUCAAUAACAUCAUCACCUGUCCGAAGUACACCACCGUCACCUCUUAAAGAAUCUUUAACAAAACCAUCAGCAAUGCUGCCACUAAGCGAAGAAGAUGACAAAAAUAGCAAAGUACUCAUAUCUAUUGGAAUUCAGACUGACAACUUUACGAGCGAUUUCAUAUUUAACGGAUCGUCAAUACUUAAUUCAGAACAAAUCAUAGAAAACGAUCAUAAUUUGUUUAGCGAAUGUUUAGCUCCUGAGAUCGAUAUUGAGGAAAUAACUCUAAGAAAAUCUGAAGGCAAUGAACGCCUUGGUUUAACGGUGUGCUAUAGUUCCGGUGGUGGAAAUGGCUCAGGUUCUGAUGACACGGACACAUGUACAGAAGUGUAUAUAAGUGACAUAGUUGCAGACAGUAUUGCAGGCAGAGAUGGUCGUUUGCGACAAGGUGAUCAAAUUCUUCAGGUGAAUGGUAAAGAUGUUUCAAAUAAAGAAGAAACUGAGACAUUGAUUGCGGAGAACAAUAAUGCUGUGACACUUUUGGUCAGUCGUUAUUUAUAUGGAGAUGACGAUGAAUAUCAAGAACAAGGAGAUUAUUACGAAGAAGAUGAGCCCAAUAUGGAUUAUGCCAAAUGCUUCCUUGAGAAUUAUAUAGUAAGUGAAGAUUUACUAAAAUCUGCUGUGAAAAACAAUCAAGACUCGCCGGACAAAAAGCAGCAGAAAGAACAAUUUCAGUUACCUGAGCAGCAACCACCAAUACGUUGUAUGACAGAUGCAGUUGUUCCAAGUUCUUCUGACAAUAUUCCUGCAACAACAACUUUGGGUUCAUCUAUAUCUAGGGAUCCAUUAAAUCAUCAAAAUAUUCGUGCUCACUUGGAACAAGUAAACCAGGAAAUUGCGAUAUUAGAUUCACGUGUUGAAAUUAUGAUGAUGUCGCAAAAGAAAAACAUCGAUCCAAGUGCUGGUGUUGUGACACAGAAACCGCUUCAACAUUCACAAUCGCAAUCACAAAUUCAACAAGAACCACAACUUAAAGAAACCAUUGCAAUGCCAAUUAUGGACUAUGAUACUGAACAUAUUUACGAAACUAUACCUGAAGAUUCUGAAUCUGAGCCGUUUUACUGUUCUCCGUAUGAAAGUUCGGAGCAUCAAAAUCGCAUUGAACAAUGGUUAGACAUGCAAGACGGUUCUGAUUUGAAUGAAACUCGAAUGCGUUCAUUGCAAAAUCAUAAACACCAAUCUAAUCAGCAGCAACAACAUCAUGAAAACCUAUCAAUUUGGACAAAAGUAAAAAAUGGGACUUUGCGAAGUACAAAUUCCAGUGCUGGUGAUGAUCAUGAAAAUAGUUCAAGUGCUUAUAAUACUGGUGGUUCAUGUAAUAGCAACACAAUGACGCCUUUAACUCUUGAACUAAACACUUCCAACUAUCGGGAUCGAGAGUUUAAUCCUCACUCUCAGUCAACUCUGAUUCUAUGUUCUACAAAACACAAUGUAAGCCCAAUAAAUGAAACACCAUCGACACAAAUUCUGCAUCGACUACCGUUGAUGCAUAAUUCAUCUCAAGAACUCCAAUCAUCUUCCAUUAUCAAUCAGCAGCGUAACUUGAAAGAUAAACUUCCGAGUCCAUCACAUUCUUCAUUAAAACCUGCACAGCCAAUACUGCCGAAUAAAAAGAUAUUUCCAACAUCACAGAAAAAUGCUGCUGCUGAUAUAGCAAAAUCUACACAGAAUAAUAUUAAUACUCCAAUACCGGCAGCGUCCAAUACUAUGUACACAAAUGUUGCAAAUCUACAUCAAACAAUGUUGCUACAACAGCAACUCUUUCGUCAGGCCUUAAUUCACCAGCGAGUACCAUCUAAUUCGGUGCCUUGUCCACAGUUUACGGCACCAAAUCUGAGCCAAUAUCAUUUUGUGAGCAGUCAAGAGGUCAGUACUGUGAAACUGAAUACACAUCCAAAUGAGGAACACAUGGUGUGGAAAGUCAAACGUCGCCAAGAUGGCAGCCGCUACAUUGUACGUCGUCCUGCUAGGAACAGAUUUCUUCGCAAUCGAGCACUACGUAUAAGCGCUGAACGCAACGACCAAACAACAGAAGAUGAUACAAUAUCUGAGAUCAAAACUGGUCGCUAUUGGACGAAAGAAGAACGCAAAAAACACAUCGAAAGAGCCCGUGAAAGAAGACAGCGGCAACAAAUAAUAAUCACGAAUAAAAAUAAUGAGAUCUCAAUGCAGCCACCCUUAUGUUCAGCGGUCAGUAACUUGAAUUCCGAAGCUGCACAGAAAAAUGUAACUAUAUGUGGAGGUGAUUCCGUAGUAAUUCAGCAAAAUUCACAGCAGCAACAAAAACUAAUACCGUCCGUUCAAAGUCCUGCUGCUACGACAGGCACCAAGAUCCAUCGCCAAAGUACUCCGUCGUCAACAACAAAGAAAUUGGUGAAAAAAAAUACUACUAAUAGCCCUGUAGAUGUUAAUAACAGCAAUACUCCGCUGGUAACAUCGAAUACAUCUGUUACUGGAACACUUACAACUUCUACAACAACUCCCAACGGUACUAGAAUGUUUCAAGGCACUAACGUUGGAAUUGGAACCGUAGCGGAUAACACCAGUUCUUAUCAAACGAGAGUCACCCAUCCACCUUUGUAGACUUUCGCUGCUGUUCCCCAUUUUCAUCUUGAUCAUCUGAUUGUAAUAUUUGUUAGAUUUUGGAAUCAUCUAGCUUUAAUUUAAUUUUCAAGUUCCACACAUUAUUAGUUCCAUUUCAAGUCAAAUUAUAUGCAUAACUUAAUUAUUAAUACAUUAUAAAAUCAGGGUGGACUGAAUAUUCAAGACAAAAACACCGUUGAUUUUUUCGAGAUAAUGAGUGCCGUCUGAGGGGUGGGUAAGGUUUCUGUUGGAUUUGUUUCACUGGGAGCCGGAGCACAAUGGAAUAUUGUAGAAUAAGAGCAUAUCAUAAAUGAUAUUUUAAAACCUACAUUGAUUAAAAACUUGUCAACAUAAGUCAACCUUUACUAUGCAGAAAUUUACUUUAUUGAAUUACAAGAAUCAAUUCAAGAGUAAUUGUAUAAAUAUAAUGUACAAAAUUAAUAGCGCGCUUUGUUUUUUUUUUUUUUAAUUUACAAAUGCUUCAAAAUAUUACCUUCUUUAAAUAUUUUGAGAACAAAACAUGAUACAAAUAUAAAUACAUCUCAGAAUAAAAAAGGAAGUUUAAUAUAAUUGAUUUUUUUUCUACAACAAAAGUUUAAACUAUUUUAUUUGUAUAAACAUUUUAUGCAUUUGUUUUUCUUAUUUAAUAAUUGAGUUUUUUUCUACAAUUUGUUAUCAAUUCUUAAAAUUUGAAAAAUGAUUUACAAAUACAUUCUUAACUCAAAAUAAACAUUUAUAUUCCACUGUGCGUAGUCGAAAAAUAAGACAACGUGUAAAGUUUCUUACAAUUGUAUAUUAAAAACCAUGAAAUGCUACUCUUUUCCAAGAAACCAAAUCACAUCAGUACAUUAGAGGAGAAAACUCGAAGCUUCAUCAACGAAAUUGGCAAUAGAUAUGAGCAACAGUCCCGCCCUAGAUUUCAAUGUGUUUUUAAUUUAAUGUAUGAGGCUGUGAGUAAAGGAUAUUUUAAAUAGUGAUUACACCUAUUUUGCAUUCGCCUCAUAUGUUUCAUUAAUUCAAAAAUUCCUAUUAAAAGUGUACAUUGUUAAUAAAAAUCCACUAUUAUAAACUAAUCUAUUUCCAAUCUAUUUUCUUUUUAAACAUUAUUGUAUGAGUUGAAAUUUAUUUACGAAUUUUUGUAUUCAAAUUUGUGGGUACAAAUACGCUUUGCUUUUAAACUAAAACGAACAAAAAGUAUAAUACAAUAAAAAUAUUAAAUGUUCAUAAAAAAAAAAUAAAAGAGAAACAACUAUUAGAAUUUUGUAUUAAUUCUAAUUGAAUUAUUGUGAUAUAGUUAAGGUUUGAAUAGUUUUUUUUUUUUUAGCCAUUGGAAAAAAUUAUAUGUGUUAGUAAUUAAUUCUCAAACCCUAACUGUUCUCCAAAAAAUGAAAUAAUAAAUAUAUAAACUAUCCAUUAUUACCAAAAAAAUAAUAAAAAGUAAGUAAUUUAAUUAAAACAAUUAACAGAUCGAAUAUAUUUAUUACUACACACAUUAAAAUAGUGUUUGUUGACUAUAAGUACAUGUAAAUGCAUUUAUAAAGACAAAUUUCAUCUUCCUAAAUUAAAUAAAAAUAUAUAACAAACA